AUGCCAUCGUUUCUCUCUGAUCAGGACAAUUCGGCAAUCUUCAGCAACAACCCCGACAUUCUCAACCUUGAUCCCACGAAUCAGUUCGACUUGGUGAACAAGGAGAGGGUGAAUGGGGGUUCUAUCCGCCACGCCCGAUCCGAUACCAUCAAUGAGAGCUUUGACGAGAGUUCCAUUUCUUCUACACACGCGUCCGACGUCUCCGAGUCUACACCGACGCCCAUGAAUGGCAACAGUAACAGCACGCGGCCCACGAGUAUGAGCUCUGUUUCUAAUGGAAAGUCUGCUACGGCUGUUUACCCUCCCCGACAAGAUGAUGCCGCGGAAGUCGACAGAUUUGGCCAACAACAAAUGACGAACGGUACCACGAGCCUAGUUGAUCGUACUCGUCAGCACUCAUCCGAUACCAACGGCAUCAAUUCUAACACCAAUAACUAUCAAUAUCACAACAUUCUGUCAAAGCCUUUGCCCUCAGAACCUCAAGCACCAGAGGAAGGCUUUGAGAAGCCCAACAGCAGGAGCUUCGAUGGAAACCGUGCACUCUCGGUCUCUCCACUCCCCAUGGAGUCGCGUGGUGCUCAAUCACAAACUGCUUUAACAGCAAACUCCAAUGCGACUACCGAUGCGGCGCAGACGCUGCACCCUCGUACGAAUGGCAUUCAUCGAUUAUCAUCCCCGCCAGCCUACAACCCGGCAGGUGCAGCGGCUUCAUCAACAGGACACUUACAAGCUCCUCCACCUGGCCUCAAACAGCGACACACUCUUGAUGUACCCAAGUAUGUUCCAGGUCGUGGAUCCAGGGACGGCAUGGACACAGCUCAAGCUAGUGGACGCUUCUCUCCUACUAACGCUGGAACACCGAGCGGGCGACGCCCUUCCUUGAGUAUGGGUAGAAGACCAACUCGGUCGAUGCAGUCGGAUGCGCCUCGGGAUGAAAUCGUGCCGGAUGAAGAUGCCCUUCGCUGGGCAGAAGCAUUGCGACAGAAGAGAGCUAGUAAGCGGAGGAGAAAGGAAGAAGAGGACGAUGACCGAGUUUUGGUAGGCACCAAAGUUGACGAGACUCACGCCAACUGGGAGACCGCCUACAACAUGCUUACAGGCAUUCGUGUUUCGGUCUCGAGGACAAAUGCUAAGCUCGACAGAGAGUUGACUGAUGCCGAUUUUGAUACUAAGCAGAAAUCGACGUUCGACAUUGCUGGUAAUGAGCUAGUACCGUCAGCCAAGUACGAUUUUAAGUUCAAGGACUACGCGCCAUGGGUUUUCCGCCGUCUUCGAUCUCUCUUCAACCUGGACCCUGCUGAUUAUCUCAUGUCGCUCACGGGCAAGUACAUUCUUUCUGAGCUUGGGUCCCCUGGCAAGAGCGGAAGUUUCUUUUACUUCUCAAGAGACUAUAAGUAUAUCAUCAAGACCAUUCAUCACGCCGAACAUAAAUUUCUCCGCAAGGUUCUCAAGGAAUACUACCAGCAUGUCAAGGACAACCCCAAUAUGCUUCUCUCGCAGUUUUACGGCUUGCACCGCGUCAAGAUGCCCUAUGGAAAGAAGAUUCACUUCGUUGUGAUGAACAAUCUCUUCCCUCCACACCGCGAUAUUCACACUACUUUCGAUCUGAAGGGUUCUACCAUCGGUCGAGAUUACAGGGAAGAAGAUCUGGAGAAGAACCCCCGAGCAACACUAAAGGAUCUGAACUGGCUUAGACGACAACGAAGCCUGGAGUUGGGUAUCCAGAAAAAGCGCAUGUUCCUCGAGCAGUUGCAACGGGACGUUGCUCUAUUGAAACGACUUAAGAUUAUGGACUACUCGCUGCUGGUUGGCAUACAUGAUGUCUCACGUGGGAACGAGGAGAACCUCCGUGACAAGACGCUACAAGUAUUUAACCCUGGCGGUGAGAAGGCCCCCGAUGAUGAUCCUAACUCGGUCCUUCUCCGCACACCAUCUAAGCUAGAGAACGCAAGAAAGGCCAGAGAACUGCGGCAAAUGAUUCGGCAAGAAAGACCAGUACCUAUGGGUCAGUCGGCAAACAAGAUGCCAGAUGAGCUGCAAGAAGGUCAGCAUCGUCCUGGAUGGGUUUUCGGACAGGAUGAUGGUGGGUUUAGGGCAACCCACGAAGAUAACACUCCUGGCGAUGAGAUCUAUUAUCUAGGAGUCAUUGACUGUCUCACUCACUAUGGAAUAAUCAAGAAGCUUGAGCACUUCUGGAAGGGUCUGUCCAGUGACAAGACCCAGAUCUCAGCACUGCCACCUGACCAGUAUGGUGAUCGGUUCUACCAUUUCAUCGAGGGUGUCACCAUGUCCACUGAGGAGGCCCACCGAGAGGCUGAGAGGCGACACCAGGAAAUGAUUGAAGCACAGCGUUCAGAAAAGAGGGUGGCAAGCUGGAGCUCUCGCAAGUCAUCUCAAGCUGUUCCACCCAUGCCAUCCCAUAUUCCCCCUCCUCCUCCACAGUCUCCAGAAGCCCAGGAGACAAUCGACAGGGCCAACAAGGAGGCCGAGCGAUCGGAAAGACAUGGCCACACAGAGGCUGAAGUACCAGAACGAGUUCUGUCCACUAGCACUCGCGACUCAAUGCAGCACGAGCCUAUUCUGCCGGUUGUGCAGGAGGCAGGCGAAAAUGGACGCGACGACAACGACGAUCGACCUCUAGCACCCCUGAAGGAUCUCAACAAGAGUCUUCCACCAACAAGGGCACCGCCCCCAACUCCUCCCAAGUCUGGAUAUGUUGGGCCUGGAAGCGCCGAUAGCGGGUAUGCAGGUUUCAGCAACAGCACAGCUCAUCCCAACAAUGGGGCUACACAGGGAAACAGGGUCAGCAUUGACAGCCUCAACAAGGAGCUGCCGCCACUGCCGAGGAAGGACGACAGCGGAGUACGACUGGUAGCUUAG